AUGACUCCCGAUUUAAUCAACCCUGACAUUGACGCAUAUAUCAAUACUGAGAUAGAUAAAUCCGCAGCCCUCAAGACUCCCGAGAUUCGCGACCUUGCAUUCAAGACUCUUCAUACCGGCUCUCAAGGCAUGUUCCUUUGGGUAAAACUCAUGAUUCAUGACCUUCGUAGGCCUUCGUCCAAAGCAGAAAUUAUUCAAAGAUUGCAUAAUCUGCCCCAUGGCCUACAAAAGGCUUACCAGCGCCUAUUUUUACAACUCAUGGAGGAUCUAGAUAAUAUCAGUCUCAGAUUUACUAAACGCCUUCUCGCAUUUGUUAUAGGAGCCCGCCGGCCGUUGAAGAUUGGAGAACUACAGUAUGCAUAUGCCCUAGUUUCCAAGGCUGAUUCAAAAGCAUCAUACGAACGCCCACUCGAAGCAUAUCUCAUAGAUGAUAUGGUAGGGAAGGUUCUCGAUACCUGUGGAAGUUGCACACAAAUAACUGACGGGGUUAUUGUCCUGGUCCAUAUAUCCGCCAAGGAAUUUUUGACAAGACCAGAGAGCGAAUGGUUAUGCGAAAGCGAUCGCAAAAUUAUCGAUCUUCGAAUUGAUCCACAAGAAUCCCACUCCUUGUUUGUCUCGGCCUGCAUCGACUACCUAGAGUUUGGUAACUACGGCUUCCCGCUGCAGGGCCAGGACGAAUUGCAAACACUAUACACUAUCCAUCCAUUUCUAGAAUAUGCAUCCAAAAACUUGCUUUACCACAUCAACAGGUAUAGAGAAUCUUCCACUGACACCGUCGACAAAUCUGAGCCAUUUCUGGACUCUAAGAACUUCUCAUCUUGGGCUGAAUAUUUCUUUAUGCAUUAUGUGGAAGAUGGGUCUUCCGGCUUUGAGAUUGAGGAGUUCGACCUGUGGCUCAAGAAUAGCAAUAGGGAAAAGUUCAUUGAGAGUAUUUCGUUCCACCUACGCGAGCAGCUUGAGAUCCUUAAUCGGAGCUUUAGCGAAAACGAUCAGCGAAUAGGUCAGUAUAAGAUGAUUCUCGAUAUACUCAUGUAUAUUCGCGGUGCUGAAUCCACUGGGAGCGUAUCAAAUGAUGACGAUUCUAUACCCGACCUCGUAUUGCACAAAGGACCAAAUAAUAUUGACCAAACAAUCUCCAUGGUGAUGGAAACAUUUAAGAAGAGUAGUGCUCUGGCGGCACCGAUGCAACUCAACUUGUUAAACGCCGAGAAUGUUCCUGUUUAUGCACUGUGGAUAAUUGGCAGUUUCUACCAAAGAGUCGAACAGUUCAAUAAAGCUUUACAGGUCUUUUAUACUGCAUUAAAAAAGUUUGGAGAUCGCGAAGUAAGGCUGAAAUACGCAACAUGGGAUGAAAUUGGCGACAUUUAUUAUAAGAUGGGUCAAUUUCAAGAGGCAGAGGAGCCAUAUGCCCGAGCAGUGGAAGGACAAGAGAAAAUACUUGGCCAGAGCCACGCUGACACUCUGGCUAGUCUUCACAGCUUAGGACUGGUCUUUUACAGUCAAAGCAAGUACAUACGAGCACAGGAAACGUUCCAACAGGUCACAGAAAGGCGGCAAAGAAUACUCGGUCUGGAGCAUGAAUCGACUCUCCACAGCAUGCACAUGCUAGGAUGUGCUCUUUACGAUCUGAAUAAAGACACAGAGGCAAAAGAAAUAUUGCAGCGAACAGUAAAAGGACGACAAGUAAUACUCGGCCAAGAGCAUGAAUAUACUCUCAAUAGCAUGUACAUGCUAGGAUGCGUUCUCAACUCUCAAAGAUACUAUGUAGAUGCUGAAAACAUACUUGUACAGGUAGUAAACGGGCAGCAAAAAAUAUCCGGCCUAGAACAUAGAACUACUCUUAGCAGUAUGCUAGUACUACGCCAUGUUUUGUACAAUCAAGGAGGAUAUUGGGAGGCAGCAGUCAUGUACCGAAAGGUAUUACAAGGACAGGAGAAAGUCCUCGGCCCAAAAAAUUCGGAUACCCUCCUGACCGCAGAAUACUUAGGAUACACAUUCGCGAGACUAGAAUUGUACGAACGUGCAAGGGACAUGUUUCAACGAGCAGCGGAGGGGCGAGAAGAAACGCUUGGACCGGAUCAUGAAGAUACUCUAUCGAGCAGGGAAAAUUUGUCAGAAGCGUCUCGGCGCUUGGAAGAGUACGCGCAGGAAGGAGAGCAAAUGCGAGCGCUGUUUGGGCAAGAUGAUUUAGGUGUUGAUAUUCAAACGUUCGACCCCUAGUUGUUGUUCCGGUCUUAUCCCGUUGCUCAAGUUGUUACGGAAAUUUCUUAUUUUGCAGUACCCUCUCUACUGGUUACAGGUAUAUUUGGCGAAGGUGGUAUGGCGUUAGAUGUACUGGGAGUUGGUGGCUUUGAGCUGGGUAUCUUGAUUAUUGGUAAUCGGAAAGCACUUGAAAGUGAUAUGUCUAGGCUGACACCUACCUACAUUUCUUUUCUUCUUCAUCGAUGUAUGUCGGGAGGGAUAUCAAAUAAAUGCCAUAGGAUAUGUUAUAUCAUCGAGAGCGACUUGACAGUGAACUUAUAUAAACAACGUGGUGAAUAGAUUUAUGUAGCAGUUCAUCCUUCAUAUAUUAUAGCAACCGAUGGGGACAUAUAUUGAUUGUCGUAGAUGUUGCUUAUGACUCCUGAUACCUAGAGCUUGCGGCCCCCCUCGUUAGGUCGAAUUUGAUUUCCCCUUCGGAUGAUCUUUCGCUAUAUGUAGCUUUCCGAAUCGGCAUUUGCGGCGGGUAAGGAGGUAUGUAGUGAUCCUCUUUCUAUUAUAGCUAAUAGAUAUCUCGUUGGAACCUCCGUAGCAUCGAGUAAGUACGUAACCGAAGGACGAGCGUAUCAAUGUGACGAUAAUUUCAAGGAGCUAUAUUACAUUAGCUAGGUGCAGUUCUUACUAUGUAUGUACACA